GUUGACAACCAUUUGACACAAUAAUUAAUGACAAAUGUCGUGCCGAUUGUCCAGUAAUUGUCAGACUAUAGAGGAAUCCAUUCGUUUGGUGAAUGAGGCUCUGGAUAAUGCCAUUGAAAGCAAUGGACUCGAGACAGGCAUUCAAAUGCUCGAACCAUACGUUCACAACAGCUUAUAUCACAGUGCCUUCCGAUCCAUACUUAUUAUCCUCAAAGCAGGUCUUACCCUCAAAAAGGAUGACUUGGAGAGAGCGACACAAAGCACGGAACAAACGGCUAAAUUGAGUACUAAGUUACGGAGGACUGGAUUCUUUAAUAAUUUGUUCAAAUUUUUUAAAACACCAAAUUAUAAUAAAUAUACAGACAUGGAAGUACAUGCCGAACUAAUUUACGCCAAAUUCUUGGGAAUGAGUGCUAUAUUGUGUGCAUUGGAG